CUCUCUACCUGCUUCUCCUCACACUGACAAUGGCUGAAACCCAGCUGUGUGGAUUACAGGACGAGUUCACCUGCUCGCUGUGUCUGGACACCCUGACUGACCCUGUCUCCAUUGCCUGUGGGCAUAAUUUCUGUCUGAAGUGCCUCACUGAUUUCUGGGAUCAGAGCCAAGUGUGCCGCUGUCCUCAGUGCAGAGAGACCUUCAACACGAGGCCUAUGCUGAACAUAAACACUGGGCUGAAUGCAGUUAUCAAAAAAUUAAAGAAACCGAGACUCAGUCCUCCUCCAUCUAUAAAUUAUGCUGGCCCUGGAGACAUGGAGUGUGACUUCUGCAUUGGGAAAAAGUUCAGAGCGGUGAAGUCCUGUCUGACCUGCUUGGCCUCCUUCUGUCAGACUCAUCUGCAGCCUCACAAUGAAGUAGCAGCCCUGAAGUACCACAAGCUGACUGAUCCAGUUAGAAAUCCGCAGGAGAAACUCUGUGCAAAACAUCAGAAAAGUCUGGAGAUGUUUUGUAAAACUGACGACACCUGCAUCUGCAUGAUGUGUGGACUGACUGAACAUCAUGGUCAUGAAAUGGUUGAGCUGGAGAUGGAAAGACAAGAAAACCAGAAACAGCUGUGGGUGACACAGAGUGAAAUCAGGAGCGGACUUGAGCAGCGAGAGAAAACACUGAAGGAGAUGAGGAGGGCAAUGGAGCAGAUGAAGAGAUCAGUUGAAAGAGAGCUAGAAGAAAAUGAGAAAAGCUUCACUGAUCUGAUCCGCUGCAUUGAAGAAACUCAG